UUUCCCGGAUACAUAAAAAAAUAGAUAUUUUCCCUUAUUCCACGGCUGACUAUUGACAAAAUGCCCCCCCACUCCGGUGUGGGCGGGGUCCUGACUGCUGUUUUCUUAGGUAGCCUGUUAAAAUGCCCGAACUCAAAACACUUCUUUUUCCAAGAUGGCGUCGAUGAAGGACAGCGACACCGGCCUGUGGCUGCACAACAAACUGGGAUCCACGGACGAGCUGUGGACGCCGCCGAGCAUCGCCUCGCUCCUCACCGUGUCCGUGAUCGACAACAUACGGCUGUGCUUUUCCAGCCUUUCGCCCCCGGUGAAGCUCAAGCUGCUCCUGGGGAUGCUGCACCUCCCCAGGCGGACCGUUGACGAGAUGAAGGAGGCGCUGUCGGAGAUAAUCCAGCUGGCCACGGUGGACUCGGAGCCCUGGGUGCUGAUGGUGGCCGACAUCCUGAAGUCCUUCCCAGAGACCGGCUCUCUCAACCUGGACUUGGAGGAGCAGAACCCCAACGUGCAGGACAUACUCGGCGAGCUCAGGGAGAAAGUGGGCGAGUGCGAGGCGUCGGCCAUGUUGCCCCUGGAGUGCCAGUACCUGAACAAGAGCGCGCUGACCACUCUGGUGGGACCUCUCACACCUCCGGUCAAACAUUUCCAGCUCAAGAGGAAACCCAAGAGCGCCACGCUCAGAGCAGAGCUGCUACAGAAAUCCACAGAAACGGCCCAGCAGCUGAAAAAGACGGCCGGGGUGCCUUUCCACGCCAAAGGGAGGGGGCUGGUGAAGAAGAUCGACACCACCACUCCUCUGAAGGGGAUCCCCAAGGCCCCGUUCCGGAGCCCCACCACGCCCAGCAUGUUCAGCCCCCCCAGCAACCGCACGCCCAUCGCCCCCGCCCGCACGCCGCUCAGGAAGGAGAGGGGGGUCAAGCUGCUGGACAUCUCUGAGCUGGACGCGGUGGGACUGGGCCGGGAGGCCAAAAGGAGGAGGAAGACUCUGGAAACAGAAGCUGGUGAGAAAGCGGCCAAAGAGGAGGCGGUGGUGGAAAACCCCACGCCGGACUACGCCGCCGGCCUCGUCUCUGCUCAGAAACUGGGGGCGCUUAACGAGAACCCCCUGCCGUCGACCAGCUACCUGCCGGCCACGCCCAGCAUGCCGGAGGAGUCGGCCUCGGCGGGCGCCGCCUCCUCGCUGCCGGCCGGCGCCUACAAGCAGCGAACGACCGCCAUGUACAACGCCAACGCCGCCAAUAACCCCAACCCCAACCCCAACCCCGCCACGCCCGCCUCCCCCAGUACGCCCGCCUCCACGCCGGCCAGUAACGGCCCCCCCGCCGCCACCACGGCGGGCCAGCCCGAGGCCCCCGCCCCCCCGCCCGGCACGCCGCAGACGCCCACGCCGGUCGCCACGGCGCCCACGCCCGCGCCGCCACAGCCCAAGAAGAACCUGUCGCUCACGAAGCAGGAGCCUGUCGCCGCGGAAACGGGAGAGACAGAGAGAGAGAGAGAGGGAGAGAGAGUGUUAAGGGUUCGACCUUCGACCUGUGACAUCAGGGUUCUGGCUACCCAGAAGCAGGAGCCUGUCGCCGCGGCAACGGGAGAGAGAGAGAGUUUAGGGUUCGACCUAUGA